AUGAGUACUCCUACUCGCCCCACGGCUGUCACGCCCGACUCCAUCGCGUAUACAACCCCUCGCGCAAGGGCUAUCACCUCGACUCCCAUGAACACCCCGAUACGCCCCAUAAACACCGCGCCACCUCUUCUUCGCAGUCUCUCCCAUGAUCUCAACGACAAAACCGCCGAACGCCAACGCCUCCAAUAUCUCUUCGAAAAGCUCUCUGCACCGCGUAGCACUUCGGAGGUUUCUCGCGAUCGUCGUCAUUCCGUCGCUACCACCACCCCAGCUCAAGAUGGUCUCAAUAAAGGAACCCCCACUCAUGCACCUUUGUCGGCGACACGCGAGAGCAUGCCCCCUCUCCCAAAACCUCUUUUUGGCCCCAUAGACUUCUCACGCUCUGCGGCCAUCGAGCAUGAUCAGGACGUAAAUAUGGCCGAUCGACUCCCGGCUGACUUGUCUUCUAUACUGACCCAGCAACGCAACAACCACCGCAAGCCCAUCGCCGCCGAAGAUGUUGAGAUGGACAUCAUGACGGAUCAGGACGCCAUCCCCUCCCCGGUCCAAACUCACAGCUUCGCCAUCCCGGCCCUCCCUUCCUCCUCGACUGGUGCUACUCCGAUCGUCUCUUCCACCAUGGCGGAACCCACUCGUCCUCGCCGCGCCACCUCCGCCGCUUCCAAUGCCGACACAGUCUUCGGGUCCUUCGGCUCCGAUAGCGAGUCCUACCGAUUCAGCGCCUGGGACAUCGCCAGCUGGAACAAAAGGUUGUCCAAGGUUCUCGAGGACUCUCAGCGGAACUUUAGGCCCCUCGCGGAGACGAUGGGUCCCCCAGCUGAAGCCGUACGCGGGAACGGGUUGGGACUUGUCGAAGCGGCGACGACAAGGGUCCGAGCGAGGGACGUCAGUCCGGUGAAGAAGGCCAACGCGAGGGGUGCCAGUCGUCUUGAAGAGGAUGGGAGGGCACUGAAGAGGCGUAUCGUUGGGAGGAAGAUGUCUAUUGGAGCCGAAGACGAAGAUGCGAGACCGCAGGGGUGGGUUUAUGAUGCGACUGUCAGCGCGGUCGAUGUGGAGGCGGAGAGGUCUAGGAAGAGGAGCAUCUCGUCUUCUCCAUUCACGUACGGUGAGCAGGGUCCGGGUGUCAGCGACAGCGUUCCUUCUACGGUGAAAGUCGCACAGGCGGAUAAGGCGAUGAAGAAUGGCUCCGAGUUGAUCGGUAUGGGUUUGGGGGACGCACCUCUCAGCGCGGAAAGGGGAAGGGCGGGCCUAGAUACCAGGAUGAGGAGGCCUACUCCACCUUCCAAGGUUUUCACUGCAAAGCCCGUGAGACCGUUGCAGUAA